GAUUGUGAAUCCUCAGAGGUGCACAUGUUGCCACUGGCUGCCUUUCCAGCGAUGGGGGUUUGAGCUGGUCUCUGACAAGGCAGCAAACCCGGAGCUGCCGUGCUGGGGAAUGCUCUGAAGCGCUCUGUGCAAUCAGGCUCGCUGAGCUGCUGCAGCUUUUCUGUGUGCCAGGCGGUGUUUCUCUUUUGGAUGGUUGUGGUGUUAAACGCUUCAGCAAUAAAGAGGCUUUGUUGUGGUCUCUGCAGCAUUGCUUUUGCCUUGGCUAGCAGCAGCCUUUUUAUUUGAAUUAAUGCUUUCCCUGGAGUUGGCUGUGGGGGCAUGUGUGGGCUCGUGUGUGUGACUGGAGUUGUGGGUGUUCAUUGGACACAGCUGUGAACAGGCACUUCUGGUAGGUGCAGCACUUGCCCAAACUUGUUGUUCAUGCAUGCUGGAACAAUGUGCUUUUCCUCACGCUUGGGAAUGCUGGCCACUAUUGUGAGCUUUUUAAAGUGCUUCAGUGAAAUUAAUAUAACUUUUCAUCUACAGGCAGAAACAGGCUUGAAUCUACCCCAAUCCUGUAUUUAAUUUCAGGAAGUGUCAGCAUUUGCUGCAUCAAGGGAAGGACCAAGCCAUACAGGUCGUAGCCAGUCAGUGCUGUGGUGGGUUUACAGCUGGCCAGGCUGUUCUCUCCUCAUCAUGCUGUAGAGAUUGGCUCACAUGCACCAACCUACUGUAUAAUACAUGAGUGAAGGUCAUACAGUGACCCGUUUCUUUGGUGCUUUUUAAUUUAUUUCCUUUGGCACAGGUAUCCUGGUUUAGUUCCACGUAAGUUUUGGGGAGAUCAGUUCAGUCCUGCUACUGGCUGGUAAUAGCAACUCCCCAGCUUUUCCUCAUCUUCCUCCCAUUUAUGUCUCCAGGGCUAAAACUCAGUUCAGAAUCCCCAGACCAAAUUGAAUUAGAAUUUAACAUUCAAAGAUUCAGGCUCCCUUUAGGCUCUAAGGAACAGAAUGUCAUCCUGUCUCGUAGUUAAUAGCUGCUGGGUAGUCGUUUCAAAGCCAUUUCUUUUCAGUGAGCUCUACCAUAGCAAAUCCCAGCAGUGAAUGUAUUUCUGGCCUGGCUGUGCCUUUAAUCCCACAGCUGAGUCUUAUGUGUGAUCUCUUUUGAAAUGCUAGAAUUUUUUUUUUUAAAUUCCAGACAGCGAUAUUUCUAGGACUUGGCAUUUCGAGUGGCAACAGGAUUGUUUAUAGGAAGAGAACAGAAAGGACGGAAGGAUGAUGUUGACCUAGCAGCCCUACAAACCUACCACUCUUAAUCCACUUAUCACCCUGAAUUCCUGAAGCAGAUAAAUGCUGAUAACAGUUAAAACACAUCACUGGCAGGAGCAGCAUGUUCUGUCCUCUAGAAAUACAUCAAUAUUGGAAAUCACAAAGCUGCGUGCUACCAUGGGGAUGAGCGUGAUAUAAGUGCUGAGGAAGCCCUCACUAUUCAGUGGAGUUUUUCCACUGGAAGGUAGUGAGCCCCUCUUCCUUCUCUCUCCCUGCCCCAACCACCUUGAGAUGCUGUGCAGGCCUGAGAAAGGCUUCUGAAUACUGUUGUGACCCCAGAGCCACAGCUGCCUGAUCUGUGCCUCCAUAUCUGAAAUACCAAGUGGGCCCCAAGUGUCUUGUUACUGCUUUUCAUUGUCCUUGCUGCUCAGCAUUAAGACCUGUGAGGAGUGAUUUCCAGCUGAGACCAGCCCCGUGCAGCUCACAUCAGCAUGUCUUGGGGAGAGGCGUUGGUUUUGGCUAAUCUGAGCUAAACCUUCCCUGGAGGAGUGCAGCUGCUGCACCACUUUGUGCAGCAGAGCCACACAAAGCCACUUUCUCCUCUCCCCAUCUGUCAGGGCUCUCGGAGAGGUGCUGGAGCCAUCCCUGGGCAUUGUGCAGCUACAUGUCCCCUCUUCCUCCUGGGGACCUGUCCCAGGCUGAACAGGAGAAAGAAUGCUGUAAACCAAAAGUUGUUUGGAGUAAACCUCGUUCCUAUAAAGUCUGGAGGCAUAAAACAGCUGAUGUUUUAGAAUACAUGGAGCUUACAGGCUCAUCUGCUGCCUUAGGUCUUUCCCCACAUGACCGUCCCACACCAGUGUCUGCAGCACAGCACCCCAUGUGAAUGGGCACCCUUGAAAUUGCAGCAAAGUGCUUUCCUGUGGACAGUGCAGUUGUCUCACAAGAAGUGUGAAAGGAGGAAGCUGCCUAAAGAGAAGUGAAGACCUCUCAGCCUCAGGAGUUUUUAUGAGUCAGAUGCUGCUCAGCUGUUGCAUUGCAGAUGUCUUAGCUAAAAACAAGCGUUCAUUGAAAAUCAAAGACUUCGUGAGUAUAGGCGGCAGGAGCCUCCCACAAAACGUGGUUUUUCUCCUUCAAAGGGCUCUCCUUAGAUUUGCCUACAAUAGAUUACUUAAAGCUUGUCUGCAUUGCGAAGCUGAGUCAGGGCCAGCAUGGUGUGGAUCUGAAAUGCUCCAGCUGUUCAGCACAAAUUUGCUGUCUGGUUGUUCUCACUCUGUGGAUGUGAGUGCCUUCCUCUGAAGGGACCUAGUGGAGAAGUCAGCUUUGCAGGGCUGUUUUGUGGAGUCAGGGGUACAGUAGAGGCUUUUUCUCUCUAUUGACUACUCAUGUGUGUACUGGUUCUCUGUGUUGAAGGCAAAACAGGUGAUCCCACACUUAGUGGAAGGUGACAGAGUUUGUUGUAAAUGCAUGCGAUGUUUUACAGUCAUCAGGAAGCAAAGCUCUGUGUGUUACAGUGCUUGUGGUCUAGUCUUUGGACACCCGCUAGUGGGUCUGACACCAUCCUUGUAGUACAGAGAAGUCAGCCCUGGUGUGGGGAGGAGUCUGACCAAAAAGCAGAAGAGCUUGCAUCUGCCAGGAACUGCUUGCCAAAUGCGGUGUGUGCACAUCUCGCCCGUCCCUUCACAAGCAGGAGGGGAUCAACCAGCUGCCCUGGCAUGAAAAUACCUGACAAACCCCCACCUCCUCUGCCUUUUGGAUCUUUGUGUCUGGUUGCGUUCUUACAGCCUUUGACCUACCCGUCAUGAUCCCAAAUCUAAAAGUCAUCUUCCUGUUUCUUUGGUUGCUUCGUUGUGGAGGAGGAAAUGUCGAUGUACAGCAGAAACCUCCAAUCCAGGUUGCCUUGCUCAAGGAAGAAAUAUCCAUCCCCUGUGAAGUCAUCUUCCCUUACAUGCCUAAAUACACCAAAUUUUCAAUUGACUAUUACUGGAUUAAUUCACUGCAUCAGAAGACAACUAUCUAUAGUAAGGAGGAAAAUGUAGCCAUUCCUUCUGGAAAAGAGAAUAAGACUGCUGCCUUACCUUACAACUACAGAAUAAACACCUCUUCUACUGGCACAUACUACUGCAAGGUCAAAUGGAAUGAUAUCCAAAAAGUGGGAAAGGGAGUGUUUGUCCAUAUUAGAGAUACAGGAUACAUAAAUACCUCUUAUGGGUGGGAAAUCCUUGUUACCCUUACUGUUCUUCUUGCUGUACUGAGCAUCACCGCAACAGCUCUGCUUCUGUGGAAAAGAAAGGUGUUGUGCCCUAGAAGGAACCAGCCAAAUAUCCUGAGACAGAAGGUGGAAACACAGCUCCCUUCAGCCAGCCCACCACCACUACCACCUCCUGUCUAUGACAGCCUGGAUGUGCAGCAAGUUGAUGUCUAUUCUAGCCUCGAGAACAACACAAACAACCCAUCACACAGAAAGAAUUCUCCAGGGAAGGAAACUGAUGAAGGCUCAGAUAUUGCUCUUUCUGUGGUGGUCAAGAUGUGCAACACACAGUGAAUUAUCAUUGAGAGUUUAUGAAGAAAAAAGGAGCAGCUCAACAGAGCACCAGUGAUCUCCAAGAGAAGAAAGUGAACCUUCAGUGUCUUCUUUUCCUUAAUUCUUGGACAAGCCAGGCUCCACUUAUUGUGAGGCAUGAAAUGUUUUUCUUUCUUAAUAAUGAAGUAGAAAUGCAGAUUACAAUUAGUAACUAGUAUGUCACUAGGUUCUUCACUAUUAAUACCUAGGCCUGUAAACUGCUGGAAUGUGUUGUGAGCAGUGAAACUUCAAUGUUCACAGCAUCUGUGCAUCAGAGAGCUGCCACUGUGCAGCUGCCUGGGGACAAAGUGUGAUGGUGCCCUGACAGUACCGGGCAGGUUCCUGUGGGAAGUGACACAGAGAAGCUGCUUCUCGGGGAGGGACUGUUUCAGCAGGAGGGGAGGGCUCCCGUUCCAGGAGGAAAUCUUUCUCACUAGCUGAUGAACCUCUCCUAGAGCUCCUCUUUUCCUUCAGCUUUCUGAAAUAUGUGGGUUGUGUUGUAUCACUCUGGGCCACAUGAAGAUUUGGAUAUACAGCUGGUAGGGCCAGGCAGGUCAGCCACCCUGCUUUAAAGAGUUAGAACGUAAUUAUCCAAAUUGGAACAGGGUGAACAUGAAAAAGCUAACAUAUGGGCUUCUUCAAAACGUUGUGUCUUUUAAUAACCUGUCAGGGCCUCUGGUUUCUAUCCCAUCUGAAAGAUUCAUCUGCCUACAAUUUUGUGCAAUGAUAUCUGAGCACUUCCAGGGGUAAUAAUUGUAUCCAAAAUACCUGUGACACAGUGAGCUUCCCUCCCUUGUGAGAGAAUUAGUGCUGUAAUGCCCGUAAUGGUGCUUUUGGCACUGACACGUACUAUUAAAAUCAAAGGUUUCAGAAGUUCUUGCAAGGCUCAGUAUGUCAUUUCAGCUUCAUGCAUGGAAAAAAUGGAGACUCAGGAGCUUAAAUGACUUUUCCAAGACUACAGAGCAUCAGAGGUGAAGUUUGGAAAAGAAUUCAGGUUUCUGUGUUCUUAAUUCUAUCAGGUUGUCCAGGAAGAAACCAGUAGCUGGUUAAGUAAGAGCUACUGAGCUACUUACAGUUUAGGGAAAAAUAAAGUUUCUUCUUGAGUCACCAGCACUGGGUCCUGCUGCACUUUGCUUUUCACUUUUGAUUUCUCAUGCAGGUAUCAGUCAGACCUGCAUCUGCCUAGCUGAGGUUGCAAAGCUGCAGAAGAAGUUACUCCUCUCUUUUACAGAGGCAUCCAUCAUUUUUACAAUAAGGAAAGCUUAUCAGAUCCAAAUUACCAUAAAAAGUCCAAAUAUGUAUGCUGUAAUUCUCCAAAUAAAUGUUUACAGAGGGAAUGUGCUGAGUUGUUCAUCCAACCCAUGAAGUCUUUCUGAUUGCUGAAGAAGUUCCUGAGCUUAUGGAGAAGAAACCAAAUGACUGCAGCUGAGUUGCAAAGGCUCUCUCCACUCCCAAGGAAGGAGGCAGGGAAAUCCCUACCAUCACAAUUAGAUGCUGGAGAAGGAGGUGUGAGGAGAGGUGAUAAUGCUGAUAGUUAUGAGAAUAGAAAUGCUUGCCAUUCUUUUUAAUGCUUAAAGGAAACCACAGUUUUGAAGUGAUGUAAUUCCUGCUCAGUUGGGUUGUUUAUUCAGACAGUGAAACGCAAUGCUGUGCUGGCACAUGGGGGAGAAAAAGCAAAAUUUCAUCUUGGCUCUCUUGGGAUUUCUGUACAUUUUCUGACUCAUUCAGGUAAAGGCAGGGUGUGAAUCUGAAGUAUGUAGCUCUCCCAGCAUGGCCCUCUGUGCAGAUUGGCCCUUUGCUAAGAAAGGUGCAGGAUGCAGGUGGGGAUUCUGAAGAACCACUUUAAUAGAAGGAAUUGUAACUGUUCUCCCCAAAAGGUUUAAGGUCUUGCUGUCCAUAAAAAUCAGGUUAGCUAUUUUGGGUUCUUGCAGAACUAAAAUGAAUACAGCAUCUCUCAUUUCCAGUCAUGAUAAGUCACUAGAUAUCAAUUCUUAAUUGCUUGAUUAAUCUUGAAUUUUCAGAGCUGACAGUGCCUGUCCAAGCACUUAGACAAGAACUACAUUUGAAAGAAAGGAGAAAAUGCUUCUUUUUUCUUUAUUUUUUUUUCCUUUUAUUUAAGCAUGGUCUGCAAGGUAAGAGCAUGAAAUUACAGAGAUUUGUAACAUGUUGUCCUGAGAAAGAUGGACCAUUAAGCAGAGUGCAAAUGAAGCAGACACAGGUUUGUGAUAAGCUGGGGGGGAGGGGUGAUGGAUUAAUUUUAGCAUAUGCUUCAGUAAUUCCUUACAAGAUUAUAUCAAAUAUUAGUAUACUUACAUUUGCUGUAUAUUUGUGUGUGUUAGGCCAUGUUUUUCAUGUACAUAAAUAAGCAGAAAGGGUUCCUUCAUGAAGCUCAUGACAUUUCUAUGUAGAGGAAGACAAUUUAAGGUCAACACUUAUGGGGGACUAUACUUUUGUGUGCUUUGUUAUGGGUGAACUGAUAAUGAUCAUGCACAUGCCUCCCUAAAGGGUGGUGUUUAAAAAAUAUGGACCAAAUUUAAAAGAAAAGCCAUUCAGACUCUCUUUGGAGCAUUUAUAAAAUUGUUUGGGUUUAUUUUUCCCCUGUUUUUUCUUCCCCCCAGCAAUGAGUGUGUGGCACAUCUGGGCUUAGCAGUGACAUGGUGUAUCAGCCCUUGUUUUGAAGCAACAUAUUAAACUGUCAGGUCUCCUUUUCUGUAUAGCAGGCAGGCUAGAAGAUAUGAUGGCACAAUGUGAUGUAAAGGUAUUAUGGGUGCAAGCUUUCCUGUGUUACAUUUUUUACAUCCUGUCUUGGUUUCAUCCCUCUAACUAUGGAAUAUGAAAGAUUUUUUUCAUUCUAAUUAACAACUCUAUCUGCCACAGACCUUGGAAGAGGUUAGUGCUGCCCAAGACAUCUACUCCAAGGUCUGUGUAAUCCCAAUUAAUGUUUAUUAAAACAUCACUGCUGUUUUCUUGCAGAUGGUGAGCCCGUGACAUCUCAAGGAAGUCAUAGUGAUAAAAGGGAAAAAUUCUGACAAUAGACCUUCCCCCCCACAGCCCUUCUCAAUACAAGACUCCAUCUAUGGUUACCAACAUGGUUAUUUUGGUCUACAAGUGCCUCCAGCAAUGGUGUGGAGAAGGGAGAUUUCCACGUACUGGGCUGGGACCUAUUGCUCUGCAGAUGUCCCAGUCUGUGAGCAGUUAAAUGGUCCCAAAGGCAUCUUGUCCUCAUGCAAUCCUUUCCUGCAGUCAGGGUUUCUUUAGUGGUUUCUUGUGUGCUUGUUUCCAUAGUCUUGUGUGAUGUGAAUCAGGUGGUGGGAGCUCCUGUGGGAUGCUGUCUUGCAGUCUUGUAGAUUAAUGUUUCCUUUACUUAAUUUACUUUAUAUUUAUCCCAUUUAUACUCGCUCAGACAACCCUAAACAUUCCUUCUUGCUCCCUGGUGCUUCUGCCCCUGAAGUUCUCACCUGCAAUUCCCAUGAUGCUCUUCACAGUUGUUAUUUGGCCAACCUACACACGCUGUAAUCCCUUCCAUCUUUUUGUGUUCCUCUUGUUUUAUUUCCCUCCAAGUUGUUGACAUGUAGCUUGCACCGCGUUGUCCAGAGCUAAACAUGUCUUCGAGCUGCGGUCUCACCACUAUAUUAAAAAAUGGGACUAUUGCCUGUAUCUCUGAGAAGAGGUCUCUGCCUUUACAACCCCAAAUUAAAUUAAGUGCAUGAUUUUUGCUGCCAUAUCACAUUGCAAAAACAUAUUAAAUCUGCUGUCUACUGUCUCCCCGAGGUCUUCUGGCAUUUCUGCUUUCAGUGCUUGAGCACAGAUGAUUCCUCUCUUCACCUCAAUUUCUGUCUUUCAGCAGCUCGUGUGUUGUACCUACUGCCUUUGUAGACACGUGGGAUCGUUCAGGGUUCCUCUUUGAGGAACAGCAGUGUGAUUCCUUACACAUAAGUAAAUUCCCUCUCUUUUUUUUUAGCAUGAAAUAAUCUGUCUCCACCAUUUCCCUUCCAGGCUGUCCUAUGAUGAUCUCUGCCUCAGUGCAAUUAAAAAGCGUGUUACUCUUUUUGGUUUCCAGAUUUUCCUAUUUAUAACUGUAUAGAGCACUGGCCUGUAUGUUAAUAAUCUGCCACAAUCUGUUUGAAUGUCGCAUACUGAGGAUCACAGGUUGGAACUCUUUUUCUGGAGAAAAGAAAAUGCUGUUCUUGCCUUAGGAAGUUUCUGUCCCAAAUGUCAAGAAUAUGGAUUAGCUUUUCUUUGGUGGGGAAUGACAUAGUAAAAUGUUGCUUUGUGCGGGAGACUGUUUCUAUGGGUGGCACAACACUCUGAAAUUAGCUUCCUUGGGAAAUAAGGUCUAUCUAUCACAUGAA